AUGGUUAAAAUCUGUUUAAUUUUACGUUCAAUAUCGGAAUUAUCAAUAAGCUUAGGAUCAUCUUAUCAUUAUUUACCCAAUAAAAUUAUAAAAAUCCAUAAAUUUAAAGUACAUGAUUCAUAUAACUCAUCUACUUACGAUAACGAUUUAGCUAUUUUACUGCUUGUGUCAAAAAUAAAUUUCGGUCCAAACAUUCUCCCAAUUUCUUUGCCAUUUCAAAACGAAACUUUACCAUCUGGAGCUCUCGGAACCGUUUCCGGUUGGGGACAAACCUUGGAAACAAUGAAACGCCUCCCGGAAAAACUAAGAAGCAUUCAAAUACCAACGAUUUCAAAUGAACGUUGCGCUAUUUUAAACGCACCAAAUUUAGUUACAAAUAAUAUGAUUUGUGCAAAAGAUUUAAGUGGAGGAAGAAGAGAUACGUGUCAAGGUGAUUCCGGGUCUGGAUUUGUUGUUAAUGGAAAGUUAUUUGGUGUUACUUCGUGGGGAAUUGGAUGCGGGAGAUUAAAUAAAGCUGGGGUUUAUACAAGGAUUUCAUUGUAUCGAGAUUGGAUUAAGUUAUAUACCAACAUUUGA